AUGCCCGCCGCCUCUCCAGCCCGGACGCGCAGUUCUGCUCGCAUCAGUCGCACGCCCGAGAAUCCCGAGCUCAUCUUCCACGAAGAUUUUCAAGCCCACCAUCCUGGCGACAUCAUCCUCCAGGCUGGCGAUAGCGAAGCUCUCUGCUAUCGCUUCUCCAGAUCCCUGCUCGUCGCUAUCUCCCCAUUCUUUGCCAAUCUCCCUGUCGCGGGGCCCGACGACCUUCAUCAAGGGGUCCCGCUCAUUCCCCUCCAUGACACGACGACCGCGGGUCUCCACGUCUUUCUCACAGCCGUCAAGGCCAUCACUACCUCGGAGACUUUCCCCCGUAUUGAGUAUGGCGAGGACCACGUCGUACCGUACCUUGAGGCCGCACUCAUCGGCCGCGUAUAUGAUGCCCCGGCGAUCUACCGCAUCCUCAUCGAAAACCUCCAGGACCCGGAAACCCUCACCUCGCGAGACUACUACCUAGAGUUCGCCAUCUGGGCCAUCGGAGGCAUAACUGCUAAGCUCCCCAAGGCGGCCGCCAAUACCCUCUUGGCUGACGCGGACGAUAACACGGACGUCGACGGUGAUAUCGUCGACGUCUGCGAGUCCCACGGCCCUCAGCGCUUCAGGGAGCGCGUGGAUCCCAUAUCCUCGCUUCAAAAGCCUUUUUCGGCCCAUGAGGCCGACCCUAGCCUGGCGAGGUGCAAGGAUGUCAAGAAGGAUGCGAAGGAUAUUGCUGCGCAGGUUCGGGCACGCAUCGCUGAGGCAAAGACGACGACAGAGCUGCUGGCGUUGAAGAAACGGCGGUACGAUGUGGCGUGCAGGGCUUGUAGGAGGGAGGCGGAGGACCGGUAUCGCCCUCAUAUGCGGUGGCUUGCAGACUACACGGAGUAUAUACGAGGAUCUCGGUAA